GUUUUCAUAUAUUGUAUGUAAAUUCAAUUAAUUUAGGUGUGAAUGCAGCAGGUCCUAGUACCCAAUUUGCAGCAGUCCAUGAUGAUGGUGAUGAAAUGCAAAGUGAUGUAGAAUAUAGUUACAUUUCUACUGUAGAAGAUGAUGGAAGUGAUGCUGAUCAUGCUUCUAGUAAAAGAGCUACACACGUUGUUUAUGAAGAAGUUGAAGAUGCUUUUCCAGAUAUAAGGUUGAGGAUGAUUUUUGUGAGCAAAGCACAUUUUAAAGCUACUGUUGACAGAUGCAACACGAUGCAAAGGAGGGAUAUUAAAUGGAAGAAGAAUGACAGCAAACGGAUUAGGGCUGUUUGCAAACAUGCCCCAAGCUGUGAUUGGAAAAUACUAUCAUCAAAGGAUGCGGUGACGGAUUCUUGGAUGGUGAAGACAUAUAUUCAUGAGCAUACCUGUGGUGAGGAGUUGACAAGGGUUGAUGGAGCUUUUCUUAAGGGAGCAUAUAAAGGAGUUUUGCUAGUGGCAGUUGGACGGGAUGCCAACGAUCAAAUGUACCCAUUGGCAUGGGCAAUUGUCAAGGUUGAGAAGACAGAGACUUGGAGAUGGUUUUUAGAAGAACUGCAAUCAAAUAUGCAAAUUGGCAGUGGCAAUAGAUUCACAUUUAUAUCAGACCAACAGAAGGGGCUACUAAAUGCAAUUAAAGAGCUGUUUCCAGAUGCUGAACAUAGAAGAUGUGCAAGACACGUAUAUGCCAACUUCCGAAAGGAUAACCGAGGCAAGGAGCUACAGAGAGCAUUUUGGAAAUGCGCAAAGGCAACCACUGAAGUUGAUUUCAUUAAGGCAUUGGGUGAAUUGACCAACAUUAAACAAAGAGCUACGGCUGCAGUCUUAAAAGUACACCCACAGUUUUGGUCGAAGGCAUUCUUCAAGGAAGACAGAGGACUGUUGCUAGAAGGACAUGCAGAUGAGAAGUUUGUUGGUGAUUUUGGUCCUAAAAUAUGGGAGAAGAUUGUUGCAAGUAGGGAAGGAAGCAAGAGAUGCAGGGUGCUAUGGCCUGGUGGCGUUGGUUAUGAGGUUGAAGAAGAAGACAAGGGUAAAUUUAUUGUUGAUAUGAACAUGAAGACUUGUACUUACAGGUGCUGGAACAUGACAUGCAUACCUUGUAAGCAUGCUGAAGCUGGAAACAAUGAAGCUUUUGAAGCCACUGAAAACUUGAAUGAUAACAACCCAGUGAGCCAAGCUGAUGAUCCUGCAAGUCAAAUGGUUAAUGAAGAAAGAAGACCUAUCCAGGAGCGAAGAACCAGAGAGAAGAGGAAAAGAGAAAAGAAAUCUGGUAAUCAAAGGCCUAUCGUGCAGGAAAAAAGUUCCCAAACAGCAAAGACCAAGAAGAGGCAAAAGAAAGGAUCAACCUCAUCAACUACUAGACCAAGGAAAGGUGGACGGUCAGGUGCUAGGGGGUGAAGGUGUUGAUGGUUGUGUGUUUUUGCCAUUUGAAGUUGAUUGGUGCAUUAGAAAUGAAGCCUUUUUUUGUUUUUUGUCAUUUAACCUAUCAUUACAUGUAAACUUAGACAACUUCAUGCGAAUUCCUGUUUUGUAUAUGGUGUAUAUGCUGUUGUGCAUAUGAUGGCUUCAUGGAACAGGUUGUAUGUAUAUUGGUACACCUUUGAUAUCCAGAGUGAUGUAAAUGGUGCAAAUAUUUUGGAUUUAACCUUUUGGAAUCAAAAAUUGUUCUUGAC